ACCCCUCUUUCCCAUUUUAUCCUAUUUGGGAACCUCUCUCAGGUGCACUUGUGUAGGCCCCUUCAAUAGCUUUAGCCUUUAUGAUCCCAAAUCUAUAUCCCUUCUCAUUAUAGCUUUCCUUCUCCUUCGGUUUCAGUGCUUCACCCUCGUUAAGAUAUAUAUAUAUAAAUUGCAUUUAGACAUCUCAAGCCAGAACCCACUUACUUCAUUCCUUCAUUCAUUCACUCAUUCACUUACAAUCUGAAGAUGUUGGCUAUGGAGGAAGUUCUGUGUGAGCUGAGCAGAGAGGACAUAAAUGAGCAAGGUUUGCCUCCUGGGUUUAGGUUCCACCCCACUGAUGAAGAGCUGAUAACCUUUUAUCUGGCUUCGAAGGUGUUUAAUGGGAGUUUCUGUGGUGUGGAGAUUGCUGAGGUUGACCUCAACAGAUGCGAGCCUUGGGAGCUUCCAGAUGUAGCAAAGAUGGGAGAAAGAGAGUGGUAUUUCUUCAGUUUAAGGGACAGAAAGUACCCAACAGGGUUGAGAACAAACAGGGCAACUGGAGCUGGGUAUUGGAAAGCAACAGGGAAAGAUAGAGAAGUGCACAGCGCCUCAAGCGGAGCCUUACUUGGGAUGAAGAAAACCCUAGUUUUCUACAAGGGAAGAGCACCCAGAGGCGAGAAAACCAAGUGGGUUAUGCACGAGUACCGCCUCGACGGCGACUUCUCCUACCGCCACACGUGCAAGGAGGAAUGGGUGAUUUGCAGAAUAUUUCACAAAACUGGGGAGAAGAAGAACCCGAUGUUCCAAGGGCAGGCGUAUCUGCUGGGGAGUUCAGCAGCAGCAGCAGUAGCCACUAGUUCGUUGCCUGCGUUGCUGGAAAGCCAAACAACACUGUUGGAGAGUCAAUCUCACCCCACAAUGCAAGGUGGUAUCUCAAGCUCUUUUCUGGUUCAUCACCACCAUGACCAAGAAAGCAAUGAGCUGAAGGCCCUGAUAAACCCAGUUUUGUCCCAGUCUCCUUUGGCGUUUCCAAUAAAUAGUGGGUUCCAGAGCUGCUCCUUUUCAACAACUCCCACCACCACCACCACCAUCCCAAACUCGAACAAAAUUAAUAGCACCACCGGCAACAACAACCCAUCAACAUCCAUCCUCUUCAAGUCCCUCCUCUCACAUCAGGAAUGCAGUUUGAAGGAACAGACCACUAUUCCGAAACAGUGCAAGACAGAGGCCAACUUUUCCCAUUUCCAACUACCUGAUGCUAACAUGCACUGGGUGGACAGGAUGAACUCGAACCUGCAUCAAAAUCCCUUGUUUUUUGAGAUGGAUUAUUGUAGCGGUGGUGUAUUGGGGUUCACAGCAGCAACUGCUACUGGUGGUGGUGGUGGUGGUGCUUCUGCUGCUGCUACUUCCGCUGUUGCUUCUGCUGCAGAAACUGUUCAUGAGAUGUCCACUUCAAUUGCUUUCAACAGGGCCGGCUUCCAGAUGAUGGUAGAUUUUCCCAUCAGAGUCCCCGGAGGAGAAUCUUGGCCAUUGGAUCCUUGAGAUGUUUGCAAAUUAUAUAUAUAUAUAUGGAUAGAGAUAUCUAUAUCUGUAGUCUAAUAUACAUACCAUAUAUAGAAUCUUAUGGUGUAUGUACUGUUGCUGUAAAUGUGGGGGGAGUCCCAUCCCAUGAGUCCAUCCAUGCACGUAUCUAUGUAGCCGUGUAGUAUUUAAGAUUUUCUGCAGUGCACGAUUGAGGAGAGAUUUUUCCUCUUUCCCUUUA